AGCCCAUUUCUGCUGAGUCAUCAGUUACCGCAAAAUCUGUACAAAAGGUUCAUGAAACAUCAGUGAAUAAUGGAGGCCUUAAUUAUAUUCGCACUUUAAGAUUUUCAUCUUAUGGAUUUUUAAUUGCUCCAGUUGUUCAUACUUGGUUUUCUUUUUUGGACAAUAGAUUUCCAUUGCCUCAAGUAAAAAUUAGUAAGAAUCUGAUGGCUGCACAAAUGAGUACCGUAAUCAAAAGAGUCACGGUAGAUCAAAUUGCAUUUGCACCUUUUGGGUUGUUUUUAUUUUUUAGCAUCAUUGGUGUACUUGAAGGUCAUGAUAUAAAUGGUAUUAAACAAAAAUUACAUGAG